UGCAGCACAUUCAACCUGCAGGCUGACUGUAACCUGGAGGAUAUCCUGUGGUGUGAUUGGUCGAAAUUAGCUUCUAUUAUCUCCUUAUUAUCUCUUUACUGUCUUCAACCUGCAUCAUCAAAGCCAUGAAGGCUCUCAGUCUGCUGCUGCUUCUUUGUGCCUUGUUGGCUUUGAGUCAACCUGCUGCGCUUCCAGAUACCAUGGAUGAGGCUGAGAGCGAUGAAGCUCUUCCAGAAGGAACCAGAGAAGAUCCUGACACUGAGGACGUUUUUCCAGAAGACCAUUUGGCUCUUCAUGAAGAGGAACCUGGAAACUGGACAGGUGCAGAAGAACCAACAUUUGAACCUGUGGAUGAAGUAGCUUACCUGAAGGCUCUGAAUGGAACAGUCCGACGUUCAGGGUCCUGUUCUUCUGGCUGGACCCGGGUCAAAGGUCGCUGCUACCACGUCUUUCCUUUUGGUGCUACUUGGCAUAGAGCUCAGGAGAACUGCAGGUCCAUACAAGCACACCUUGCAUCAAUCCAUGACUACGAGGUGAAUAAUCAGCUUGUGAGGAUGAUAAUGUCUGCAGGCCGGGGGCAUACUGCAGUCUGGAUUGGAGGCAAUGACAUAAUAUGGGAGCGCAACUGGCGCUGGGUGGACGGAAGCCCUUUUAACUACAGUAAUUGGUGUCGAUACGAACCCAACAACUUAGCUAAUCAGGACUGUUUGCAGAUAAACUACAGUCGGCACAGAUGUUGGGACGAUGCGCAGUGUAACUUUCGAAGGCCAUUUAUCUGUGUCAAAAACAUCUGAUGACUAUUUGUCUAGAAAUGAUGUAUUUUGUGUGUCAAAAACACAGAGGUGUUGGUGUUUUUCUUAAGAGGUGUCAAGAUAAUAACAAAGCAUAAAAGCAUUGCAUUUAAAAAAAAAUUAUGAAAAUCUGUAUUCUAAAACACAGAUAUGAGAGGCAGAGAAGAAACGUGUUUAAAUCCAUUUGUCAGAUUGUUUGAUCAAAUGUUACAAUAAAUAAAAAUAUUUAAUGUGUAAA